CCAGCACCAGGGUCUUCAGCACCAGGAGCCCAGCUUGCAGGAGACAGGGGUGCCGGAAGCAGUGCCCAGCCGCCUCCCAGGUCUCAGGGAGGGUCUGCUCCUUGUCUCUCCAAGGAUGGGUCUCCAGGGAAUGUCCAGCUUCCCCCUGGGGCUCCUGCUUGGCUCUGUGUUCCUGGUGGCUUCGGCCCCAGCCAUGCCUGAGUCUCAGGGCUGCAGCAACAAGGAGCAACAGGUGACCGUCAGCCACACCUACAAGAUUGAUGUGCCCAAGUCUGCCCUGGUCCAGGUGGAGACUGAUCCCCAGUCCCUCAGUGAUGAUGGGACCUCGCUCUUGGCCCUGGGGGAGGCCGGGGAGGAGCAGAACUUCAUCUUCAGGCACAACAUCCGCCUUCAGACGCCACAGAGGGACUGUGAUCUGGCAGACAGCGUCCAGGACCUCCUGUCCCGGGUGAAGAAGCUGGAGGAAGAGAUGGCAGAGAUGAAGGAGCAGUGCAGCGUCCAGCGCUGCUGCCCAGGAGCUGCUGACCUGAGCCGCCACUGCAGCGGCCACGGGACCUUCUCCCCUGACACCUGCAGCUGCCACUGCGAGCAGGGCUGGGGGGGCGCCGACUGCGAGCUGCCGGCCUGCCCCGGGGCAUGCAGCGGUCACGGGCGCUGCGUGGACGGGCUCUGCCUGUGCGACGACCCCUACGUGGGGCCCGACUGCGCCUACCCGGCCUGCCCCCAGGACUGCAGUGGGCACGGCGUGUGCGUGCGCGGGGUCUGCCAGUGCCACGAGCACUUCACGUCGGAGGACUGCAGCGAGCAACGCUGUCCGGGCGACUGCAGCGGCCACGGCUUCUGCGACACUGGCGAGUGUUACUGCGAGCUGGGCUUCACUGGCCCCGACUGCUCCCAGGUGGUGGCCCCCCAGGGCCUGCAGCUACUCAAGAGCACAGAGAAUUCCCUGCUGGUGAGCUGGGAGCCCUCCAGUGAUGUGGACCACUACCUCCUCAGCUAUUAUCCCCUGGGGAAGGAGCUCUCUGUGAAGCAGAUCCAAGUGCCCAAGGAGAAGCACAUCUAUGAGAUCCCUGGCUUGCUCCCUGGAACCAAGUAUAUAGUCACCCUGCGCAACGUGAAGAAAGAUAUUUCCAGCAGCCCUCAGCAUCUCCUGGCCACAACAGAUCUUGCUGUGGUUGGCACUGCCUGGGUGACAGAAGAGACGGAAAACUCCCUGGAUGUGGAGUGGGAGAACCCGCCGACCCAGGUGGACUACUACAAGCUGCGGUAUGGGCCCUUGACAGGGCAGGAGGUGGCUGAAGUCACUGUGCCCAGGAGCAGUGACCCAAAGAGCCGAUAUGACAUCACUGGUCUGCAGCCCGGGACAGAGUAUAAGAUCACAGUUGUCCCCAUACGAGGCGAUCUGGAGGGCAAGCCAAUUCUCUUGAAUGGCAGGACAGAAAUUGAUGGUCCAAGGAAUGUGGUCACUGAUCAAGUGACAGAAGACACAGCAGUUGUCUCCUGGGACCCUGUGAAGGCUGACAUAGACAAGUACGUGGUUCGCUACAUUUCCCCUGAGGGGGAGACCAAGGAGACGGCAGUACCCAAGCACCAGAGCAGCACUGUCCUGACUGGCCUGAAGCCGGGGGAGGCAUACCAGGUGUAUGUGUGGGCCGAGAGGGGCAACCAGGGCAGCAAGAAGGCCGACACCAAAGCCCUCACAGAAAUUGAUGGCCCAGCUAACCUGGUGACUGACCGGGUGACGGAGAAUACAAUCACUGUCUCCUGGGACCCUGUGCAGGCUGCCAUUGAUAGGUAUGUGGUAAACUACACCUCAGCUGAUGGAGAGACCAGGGAGGUUCCAGUGGCCAAGGAGCAGAGCAGCACCGUCCUGAAGGGCCUGAGUCCAGGUGUGGAGUAUAAAGUCUAUGUGUGGGCCCAGAAGGGGGACCGGGAGAGCAAGAAGGCCGACACUAAGGCCCCAACAGACAUUGACAGUCCCCAAAACUUGGUGACUGACCAUGUGACAGAGAAUACGGUCACUGUCUCCUGGGAUCCUGUGCAGGCCACCAUUGACAGGUACAUAGUGAGCUACACCUCGGCUGAUGGAGAGACCAGGGAGGUUCCUGUGGGGAAGGAGAAGAGCAGCACCAUCCUGACGGGCCUGAGGCCAGGCAUGGAGUAUGCGUUUCACGUGUGGGCCCAGAAGGGGACCCAGGAGAGCAGGAAGGCCGACACCAAGGCCCCCACAGACAUUGACAGCCCCCAAAACCUGGUGACUGACCAGGUGACGGAGUACACUGCCACUGUCUCCUGGGACCCCGUGGAGGCUGACAUUGACAGGUAUGUGGUGCGCUACACCUCUGCUGACGGAGAGACCAAGGAGGUUCCAGUGCGGAAGGAUCAGAGCAGCACCGUCCUGAAGGGCCUGAAGCCAGGUGUGGAGUACAUGGUCGAUGUGUGGGCCCAGAAGGGGACCCGGGAGAGCAGGAAGGCCAACACCAAGGCUCCCACAGACAUUGACAGCCCUCAAAAUCUGGUGACUGACCAGGUGACAGAGAACACUGCCACUGUCUCCUGGGACCCCGUGGAGGCUGAAAUUGACAGGUACGUGGUGCGCUACACCUCUGCUGACGGAGAGACCAAGGAAUUUCUGGUUGGGAAGGAUCAGAGCAGCACUGUCCUGACGGGCCUGAGGCCAGGGAUGGAGUACGCUGUCCAUGUGUGGGCCCAGAAGGGGACCCAGGAGAGCAAGAAGGCUUACACCAAAUACCCCACAGACAUUGACAGCCCCAAAAACCUGGUGACUAAACAGGUGACAGAGAACACUGCCACUGUCUCCUGGGACCCCGUGGAGGCUGACAUUGACAGGUACGUGGUGCGCUACACCUCUGCUGACGGAGAGACCAAGGAUGUUCCAGUGGGGAAGGAUCAGAGCAGCACCGUCCUGACGGGCCUGAGGCCAGGUGUGGAGUACAGAGUCUACGUGUGGGCUCAGAAGGGGAAACAGGAGAGCAGAAAAAUCAACACCAAGGCUCCCACAGACAUUGACAGCCCCAAAAACCUGGUGACUAAACAGGUGACAGAGAACACUGCCACUGUCUCCUGGGACCCUGUGGAGGCUGACAUUGACAGGUACAUGGUGCGCUACACCUCUGCUGACGGAGAGACCAAGGAAUUUCUGGUUGGGAAGGAUCAGAGCAGCACUGUCCUGACGGGCCUGAGGCCAGGUGUGGAGUACACAGUUGAUGUGUGGGCCCAGAAGGGGGCCCGGGAGAGCAGGAAGGCCACCACCAAGGCCCCCACAGACAUUGACAGCCCCAAAAACUUGGUGACCAACCAGGUGACAGAGAAUACCGCCACUAUCUCCUGGGAUCCAGUGAAGGCUGACAUAGACAGGUACAUGGUGCGCUACACCUCAGCUGAUGGAGAGACCAGGGAGGUCCCAGUGAGGAAGGAGAAGAGCAGCACCGUCCUGACGGGCCUAAGGCCAGGUGUGGAGUACACAGUCCACGUGUGGGCCCAGAGGGGGGCCCGGGAGAGCAAGAAGGCUGACACCAAGGCCCCGACAGAAAUCGACAGCCCCAAAAACCUGGUGACCAAUCGAGUGACAGAGAACACCAUUACCAUCUCCUGGGACCCCGUGCGAGCCACCAUUGACAGGUACAUGGUGCGCUACACCUCAGCUGAUGGAGAGACCAGGGAGGUUCCAGUGGGGAAGGAGAAGAGCAGCACCAUCCUGACGGGCCUGAAGCCAGGUGUGGAGUACACCAUCCAGGUGUGGGCCCAGAAGGGGGCCCGGGAGAGCAAGAAGGCCAACACCAAGGCCCUGACAGAAAUUGACCCUCCCAAAAACCUCCGUCCAUUUGGGGUAACACAUUCUGGUGGGGUGUUAACCUGGAUGCCUCCCUCUGCUCAGAUCGAUGGCUACAUCCUGACCUACCAGUUCCCAAAUGGCUCAGUGAAGGAGGUGCAGCUCCGAAGGGGCGACCAGAGGUUGGAGUUGCAAGACCUGGAGCAGGGCACCACCUACCCUGUGUCCUUGGUUGCCUUUAAGGGUGAUCGCCGGAGCAGGAGCGUCUCCACCCCCCUCUCCACAGUUGAUGCCCGUUUCCCACACCCCUCGGACUGCAGCCAGGUGCAGCAGAACAGCAACGCUGCCAGUGGUCUCUACACCAUCUACAUAAAUGGCGACGCCAGCAGGCCCUUGGAGGUGUACUGUGACAUGGACACGGACGGAGGCGGCUGGAUUGUCUUCCAGAGACGGAACACUGGGCAACUGGAUUUCUUCAAGCGUUGGCGGAGCUACGUGGAAGGCUUUGGGGACCCCAUGAAGGAGUUCUGGCUUGGACUUGAAAAACUGCACAAUCUCACCACGGGCACCCCCACCCGGUAUGAGGUGCGAGUGGACUUGCAGACCGUCAACGAAUCCGCUUAUGCCGUGUAUGAUUUCUUUCAAGUGGCCUCCAGCAAGGAGCGCUACAAGCUGACAGUUGGGAAAUACAGAGGCACAGCAGGGGACGCUCUUACUUACCACAAUGGAUGGAAAUUUACAACUUUUGACAGGGACAAUGAUAUCGCCCUCAGCAACUGUGCCCUGACCCAUCAUGGUGGAUGGUGGUACAAGAACUGCCACUUGGCCAAUCCCAAUGGCAAAUACGGGGAGACCAAGCACAGUGAGGGGGUGAACUGGGAGCCCUGGAAAGGACACGAGUUCUCCAUUCCUUACGUGGAGUUGAAAAUCCGCCCCCAUGGCUACAGCAGAGGGCGUUUCUCUGGCAGAAAGAAGCGGACACUGAGAGGAAAGACGAGAGCCUUCUGAUGGCCGGUUGCAGCAGUCCUCGCAGGAAGCCACCAGCUGGGGUUGGGGCUGUGUAGGCUUGGGCUGGUGGUUAGUGGGGAUCGGGGGACGGAAGUCUGAGGGUUGCUCAGGGCCUCUAGUUUCUGAGAUUGAUGGGUAACCCAGAACAAAUGGGUCCCCCACUUCAAAUCACAGCAGUUCCACCCCUGACACCUGCAUUUUCUCCCAGCUACCCCCAGGGGACCCGAGAAUCCUCAAUAUUGUAGUUGCACAGUAUGUGUGAGUGGGGAAGGGUGCUGGAACUCACGGGUCUUCAGCCCACUUUGAUAAUACAUAUACUGCAUUAGGGUGAAAAGAUGAAUCACCUAGUAUCUCACCCAUCGGGAAUCUCUAGAAAUGGGUGUGUAUAUAUACACAUAUUUAAAGCUCUGCUACUACAAAUCUUUCUGGAAAAAAGCAUCACAGAGAGGUUCCGACUCCCCAGGGGUCAGGGCUGAGGCAGCCCGGCAUUUGUUGUUCUUCCUGGGUUUUGAGAGAAAGUGCAGCUCUUACCCACUUUAUACUGCUGGUGUUAUGGGGCACAUGAAGGGGAAGGGCCAGUGCACUCACAUUUAGCUGAGCUCUGACGGGGCUCCUCCGGCUUGCUGGAAACGGAAGCUCCCAUUUUACUGCUAUCUUUAACUGCCCCCUUUCCAUCCAUUUGCAUAAUCACUUGCAUAGAUCUGCAUAUGUUGUAAAUAAAUUCUCACUCAUUUCAACUUUAAAUGAUUUGACUCUCUUAAUAACUAGUUCCACCCAGGACUCUUCCUGGACUCCCCUUUGUGCCCAUGUGGCCCUCAGCCUCGCUGCUUCCCCGGCUCCCGUCCCUGCUGGACCCUGGGUUUUCCCAGGUUCCCCAGCCCCAUGAGGCUUACUGCUUGACUGGACAGAGUCAGAUUCUUCUUGCUUGUUUCCUAUCAUCCUGGAAGUUUUCUGUAGCUAAGUCAAUGGCCAUUGA